GGCCUGUAUAUGUACUAGUAAUAUACAAAAACUUUGUGCCCCGGAUCCAAAUACUAGCCAUAUGGAUAAUUCUGUUGAUGUACCUUGGAUGUUUCCAUGACCCACACAAUCUGGUUUUAGUGACAGCUGUAGGGCUGGUUCCUGUGACAUGCCAUCUGCUGUGUCUGUCCCUGCUGAUCUACAGGGGUGACUAGCCACCUCUAUUGGCCACCCACUAAUACUCGCCCCUGCAGAGAUGAUCACCUUAUUCAGUGUUUACGAGGUGGGGAAGGGUUUCAGCUUGACACGAGCUCCAUCUUGCCUUUAGUGAGAGACGUCGCGGUUAAGAGGGAUACUCAAGGGCUUUGUAUAAAUCGAAUAAUCCAGUGCUAUAAAUAUGGAUCGUUUCUGUCAACAUGUGAGAUCGCCAUCUGGUGGCCAGUUCGGAGUCACGGGUUGAUGAAAGUCGUGCUGCAUGUUUUCCGGCUGUCGCCGUGGUCUACUGAGUCAUGUGACCCAAGAAGUUGGACGCCAAUUGGUACAGCCGAAGUGGGGGACAGAGCGAAGCCCUAUGCAGCCGGCGCUGCGUGUCAGUGCGGAGACCCCCGGACCGUCACCGCGCCGAUCCGCUGAGGCUUACUGGAGGAGAAGCGCGGCGGGGCAUUCCCAUUCCCGCAUCCCACAGCUCGUCUAUCUCCCGCUUUACCUACUACGGCGGCUUUUCGGGGCUCUCGACGACGGGAUUAACCUCUAACGUUUCUGUCAGUGCCACUGCCGGUGUGUGGGAGCUGCAGCUCGAUAGUCCCGAAAGCGGAUCUACAUGCUGCGGUGUGUCCCCGUCAUUCUGGCGGCAGGCGGCGGCGGCAGGCGGCGCCAGCAUCCGAGUCGUGCCGUGGAGAGGUGUCGCUGAUCCUGCGGCGGGCUCGGACCUCGGAACCGGAGCGGAAGAGGCGAUGAUGCCAGCAUGAUCCCCGCAGAUGGGCUCCCUGGACAUGAGGCGAGCCGGGCCGCGUGGAGGAGGCCGAAGAGGAGCUCCCCGGAGAUGCUAUACCUGCUGCCCGCAGUUCUGGUGUGGCUCGUCACGGGCACCACCAUCUCCAGCCUGAACAAGUGGAUCUUCGCUGUGUACAACUUCAGGUACCCGCUGCUGCUGUCUGCGCUGCACAUGCUGACGGCCAUCGUGGUGGAUUACGGCCUCCUCCGGCUGCAGUUGGUGGGUGCGGUGACGGCUGCCCGGGGUCAGCUGACUGCCGCUGCAAAGCUCAAGGUCUUUCUACUGAGCCUGACCUUCUGCGCCAGCAUCGCCCUGGGGAACGUGGGCCUCAGCUACGUGCAGCUGUCCUUCGCGCAGAUGAUCUACACGACCACGCCGAUCUUCACGCUCGCCAUCUCCACGCUGAUCCUUGGCAAGCAGCAUCACGCCCUGAAGUACACGGCCAUGAUGCCUAUCUGCCUGGGCGCCUCCUUCAGCGUCAUGGGCGAGCUGCAGUUCGACCAGACCGGCUGCCUCUUCGUCUUCGCCGCCACCAUGCUUAGGGGGGUCAAGUCUAUCCAGCAGAGCAUCCUGCUCCAGGAAGAGAAGAUCCCCUCGGUGUUCCUGCUCUACCUGAUGGCCAUUCCCAGCUUCUGCAUCCUGGCCGUGGCGGCGCUGCUGCUGGAGAACUGGGCAGGCCUGGCAUCGCCCUGGCACUACGAUCUGCGCCUCUGGCUCUGUAUCGGGCUGAGCUGCCUGGGCUCUGUGCUGUACAACCUGUCGAGCUGCUGCGUCAUCGCGCUCACCUCGGCCGUCACGCUGCACAUCCUGGGGAACCUCUCCGUGGUGGGCAACCUGCUGCUGUCGCAGCUGCUGUUCGGCAGCGAGCUGUCAGCGCUGAGCUGCGCGGGAGCUGCCCUCACACUCUCUGGCAUGCUCAUCUACCAGAACUGCGAGUACAUCGCCGGAUACCUGGACUCGCGGCGGCCCGCCAGGGCGGCACACCCAGCAGCGAGUGUCAGCGACUGAGGGGGGGCGCCGCAUGCGCGUCGUGUCUCCCAGGGAGACGCCUGACGCCAGUGAGAGGCUUAGGGUUUGGGUUUGAGCCCUUGGGCAUUGUCCGGGGGGGGGGGGGGGGGUCCUACUUGCUAGUCACCUCGAGGGCUGAUCCAGUUGGUACAUGACUGUGGCGGAAUGCAUGCAGCUCCCCCCCACAGCGCAGGGGGCUAGUGUGGCCCUCCUAUCCUACCUUGUCACUGUGAUUUCUUUCGAGGGGACAGCAGAGAGGUUCCAGUGCACUGAGGACGGUCCCUGGCACUGAAGGCAGCUUUGACUGGCUGUGGGAUUGUUUUAAAACUAGGUGACCCCCCCCCCCCCACCAAGUCUGUCAGCUUUGUGUUUUGUUUACAUGAGUGGUGGUUAAAUCUGAGGUUGUGCUCACUUAGCUUU